UUCUACAUUACCUGAGUUUCCAUUUAUGGCAAGUGUACUCCCUUUUAUGGAAAGUGUACUUUCUACUAGCGCGAAAAGCAAUAAAUUGCUGCGACGUACAAGCCAUGUGAGAAGGUGCCAAACAAACGAACUUGAAGCAGAGGACUACAUAUUUAGAUGAAGAUUUCUCACUCUCAGCGUUAUUUUCGCUCACAACGGCCAUCUAUCAAGUUAUUACAUUACUCACUAUGGCCCCUCCUCGAAGCUCUGAGAAGGAAACUAUUCUCUUGACGGGCGCAUCGGGAUACCUGGCGGGUCAUAUCCUGAAGCAACUACUUGAAUAUGGAUUUAGCGUCCGUGCGACAGUACGAAACCAGGCAGCAGAAAAUAGAGUGAAGAGUGCAAUCUCCGUAAAGCAUCAUGCUUCUCUUACUUUCGUAAUCAUACCUGACCUGUCGGUCGAUAGUGCUUUUGAUGAGGCCGUUAAGGAUGUUGAUGGAGUCAUCCAUACCGCUGCCCCAUUUGCACUUCAUGUUGAGGAAAACGAGCGCGACCUCCUCAUCCCGUCUAUCAAUGGGACCACUGGGAUCUUAAAGGCAAUCACGAAGUACAACUCCAGAGUCAAAAGAGUUGUCAUCACGUCAUCGUUCGCUGCCAUGUUUGAUCUGAAUGACCUGCCGAGAGCGAACCAUACAUACAGCGAGCGCGACUGGUGCUCAACGACAUAUGAAGAAGCUAGGGCUGGAGAUGGUACGCUAUGCUAUUGUGCUUCGAAGGCACUUGCAGAAAAGGCCGCUUGGGAGUAUGUGCAAGCCGCCCAUCCGAGCUUCUCUAUCUCCACCAUAAUGCCUCCAUGGAUGUAUGGGGUAUCUGCUAUCCCCUUUGAAUCUGCCACUAAAAUCCCGGCAUCCGUGGCUGAUGUCUACCGUCUGAUGAGCGGUGCAGAAAAAGAGGUCCCAGAUGACAUAUUCUACAACUUUGUCAAUGUCCGUGACGUUGCUGAGGCUCAUAUCAGAGCGUACCAGGCAGAUAAGAGCGAUCGUUAUUUCACCACUGGCGGGCCUUGCACAUACCAGCAGAUUGUGGAUAUCAUACGGGAAGUGCUACCCGAGGUUCGUGAUCGGACGCCAGAGGGUGUACCAGGCGCUGCGCCAAAGAAAGUUAUCUUGCUGGACAACUCUAGGGCGAGGGAGGAGCUCGGUAUAAAUUUCACUCCGCUGAGGGAGACCAUCACGGACAUGGCACGGGAUUUAUUUGAGCAGGAGAAGACAUGGGCUGCGAACAGAAAGGGUUAGUGACACGGUACGAGAACACGAGCGAGGUUCGGCACACCAGGCACAGCCGUGACCAGAGUACUAGAGACUGGCUACUGGCCACUCCACAUCGACCUAAGACGAGGAUCGCGAGCGAGAAGUACGGUGGGAUCUCUAAGAGAAAUGUUAAGAGAAACUCUAGGAUAUCAGGGUGAGGCCGAUAGAAGUAAAUGGCAAACUCUAGAAGUACCAUUCUUAAUAUCACUUGAAUGUAGCAACGAAAAGUACCACAGGUCUAAUGCUGUUGUACCAACAUAUGUCCAUACUGUACUCCAUGGCGUGAUGAUGCUCCCGCUGGUUGGCAUUACUAAUAGCCGAGCAAUAUAGUAGAGAUAGAAGGGCCUAUUUCAAACCUGGUUUGAAACGAACUGGCUUUUCUGGCUGUCUUUCUAUAAUAUUAAACUUCAGUUAGAUCGCCCGGAAAGGAAGUUUCAUUAUGAGUCCUGAGAGAGAUGAUUUUGUAGUGUUCAUGCCAAGAGAUGGGAGUAGUCUAGCCAAGAAUACUAGUUAUAUUCGUCAGCACAUAAUAUUGAAG